AUGGCAAUUAAAUUUUUAAUUCAAUUAGCUACUGAUGCUUGUAAACUUAAAACUAUGUUACAAAUGCAAUAUAUAUAUUUUGCAGCAAAAAAAUAUUUAGCACUUUUAGUCUAUUCUGAUUUAUAUCAAUUUAUAGAUUUUUAUUACAAAAAUUUUAAAGUUAUAAAUCUUUGUGAUACACCUCUAGCAUUAGAAUUUCUAUUACAUUUAUCAAAAAAUUUACUAUUAGAAUCAAAUAAAUAUGGAUUCUAUUUAUCAGAAAUAUCUGCUAAAGAUAUUGAAGAG